AUGCCUCCAUGGACAAAGCAUCUCACAAUGGCCUCCUCUUCCUCCUUGUUUCUCCUUGCCGUGCUUCUUGCGGUGGUCUCAUGGCAGGCCACUGCCUAUGACCCUAGCCCUCUGCAAGACUUCUGCGUCGCCGACAUGAAGUCACCUGUGCGAGUUAAUGGAUUUCCUUGCAAGGACCCAAUGGCCGUCAACCCGGAAGAUUUCUUCAAUCUAGCCAUGCUUGACAAACCUAGGGAUACUAAGAACAGCAAGGUUGGGUCCAACGUCACCAACAUUAACGUCAUCAAUUUUCCUGGCCUCAACACCCUUGGUAUCUCGCUGGCACGCAUCGACUAUGGACCAUUGGGCGUGAACACACCACAUAUACAUCCCCGUGCCACUGAGCUCCUUACUGUGCUUGAGGGAACUCUCUACCUUGGAUUUGUCACAUCCAACCCAAAUAGGCUCUUCUCCAGGGUGGUCAAGAAGGGUGACGUAUUUGUGUUCCCGAAGGCAAUGAUCCACUUCCAAAUGAAUCUAGCGCAUGACAAGCCAGCAGCUGCGUUGUCAUCACUCAGCAGCCAAAACCCAGGAGUUAUUUCUAUUGCCAAUGCAGUCUUUGGAUCAAACCCACCCAUUUCGGAUGAUGUUUUGGCCACGGCGUUUCAGGUGGAAAAGAAACUGAUUGAUUGGCUCCAAUCUCAGUUCUGGGAGAAUAACCACUACUAA